AUUUCACUUUUACAACUCCUGUUGUUAGGUGUAAGAAGUCUCCCAUUGAAGCCAUGGCCAGGAACAUGACUCUUCUGUGGGGCUCUGGCUCUCCUCCGUGCUGGAGGGUUAUGAUCGCCCUGGAGGAAAAGAAGCUGCAGGGCUACAACAGCAGACUGCUGUCCUUUGAUAAAGAGGAGCACAAGUCCCAGGAAGUGUUCAGUAUCAAUCCGAGGGGUCAGGUGCCAUCUUUUAAACAUGGAGACAUUAUUGUCAAUGAAUCCUAUGCAGCCUGUUUUUACCUGGAGAGCCAGUUUAAGUCUCAAGGAACAAAGCUGAUCCCAGACAGCCCUGAGGAAGUAGCACUGAUGUACCAACGCAUGUUUGAGGGCCUCACUUUCUAUGAUAAACUAACUGCCAUUAUUUUCUAUGAAUACUAUGUCCCUGAAGGCGAGAGGCUCGACUCAGCUCUGAAGAGACAUAAAGAUGCCCUGACCAUGGAGCUGAAACUCUGGGAGGGUUAUCUGCAAAACAGGGACUCUGGCUCUAACCUGGCAGGGAAGUAUUUUACGCUGGCAGAUGUAGUCAUUUUUCCAACUGUAGCUACUCUUUUUAGAUUUGGGUUGUCGGAAAAACGUUACCCCAAACUGGGAGAGUACUAUGCUCUGCUGAGGGAGAGGCCAAGCAUCAAAGCCAGCUGGCCUCCUCAUUGGCUGGAGAACACCAAGGGACAAGACACCCUGAAGGACAUUUAAAAAAGAAAGAUUUCAGUCAGUCUGUGAAUGUAUUUCUUUAGUUGUUUUUUGCAACAAUGUUUUUCUCAUCUCUCUCAAUAAUUGCAAUUGGUCGUUGCGUCUUUAACUAUCAUCUUGUAAAAUACAGUACAAACAUGGUGAUAUAUUUCUCAAUAAAAAUGUGUGUACUUUUCUGA